AUGACCUGGUCUGAAAUCCUCCGCCGGAAAUACAAAGAAGAUGGCUACACAUCGUCGGACUUCGAUUCGGCACUAGAUCUCCGGAUUCAGCGGAAGAAGACGCCUCCGGCCACGACGACAGACGCCCUUCCGGCCUGGGUGUUCUGCACGAGAUACUCGGAUCGGCCAUCGGCAGGACCACGUGCCAAGCGCAGAAGACACACGCAGCGUCAUCGAAAGGCGCGCACGGCUUUUAAAGAUGCGCAGGUGCGCGUUCUAAAUAUUGAGUUCGACAAGGACCCGUAUCUUUCGGAAAGCAGACGACACCAGUUGGCAGAAGAGUUGGACCUGGACGCUGACAACGUCAAAAUUCAGGAAGCACUGACAAUGGCUCCACACUUGCACAGAUUUCCUCUUCCGACCCUCCUUGCCAUGAGUCCCGUCAAAUUGCUGAGGUGA